UCUUUCGCUUGAAGGUAAAAGGAAUCUGGGCGGGUGAAACAAGCAUAAGACGAGGGUGCAGCGAGGCGCCAGAUUCUGUAAACCAGUCAAGAAGAGGACCGUUCGUCUUCAAGUGAAUAAUCCAAUUUGCUUAAUGCGUUGCAACAACACAGACGGGAUGCCCCGAGGAGACUUCAACAUCUAUUUUGCCAGCAGCCGACGUGGAUUUGUCAGAGCUGAGGAGGCAGUGGGUGUUGUGCUGCUGGUCAUCAUCCUGGUUGCCCUUGUCCUGGUGGGCUGUUGGUACUUUAAGAAGAGGGGCGGCUACAAAAAAAUCAGGAGCCCCGGAUCCGGGUCGCUGACUUACACGGGAGUCCAAUACUCAGAGACUCGACCUUCCGCCGACAACAAGAUGGCGCUCACGGAUUUUGGCAGCCUGCGAUCUGUGAUGCCGAAUGCUCCUCCAGCCUAUGAAAAGAUCUCCUCGGGGCCGCUACCUCCUCCCUAUUCACCUUAAAGACAGGACAACAGAGGACAGACGGCCACUCAAGAAUAAAGGAAACCACAGCACAUGUUGUCUGACAUCACCAUCAAUCCCGCCGUGAAUACAUCAGUUGAUCAAUAUUGUGCGUCGAACAUUUACACAAUGUACAAUGUGCUUUCAAAGAAGGAUUAAAAACACGACGGCAAGGUGUCUUUGUAGAACGAAGAACCCCAGAAACCCAA